AUGAGCUCCGAAGCGGCUGACAACUCGAGUCCUCUCUCGCCUUCGUCGAACCAAUCCGCCAAGACGGUGUCAAUGGCCAAGACCCCUCUCCAAAGUGUCCACGAGGCAGCAGAACAUUUGUACCCAGCGGUCAUUGAGUGGUCCCGCCCCUGCGAAUCCGUCGGCGUCACGGGGUCUUUUAACAAUUGGGGGUCCCAGCUUUUGCUCAAGAAACAGAGUGAAGCGCCCGUCCUGUUCCGUGUCAAGCUGUGGCUGCCAGUGGGUACGCACUUGUUCAAGUUCUGCGUGGACGGCGCGUGGCAAUACGAUCCUGAAGUGACGUUCGCUCCUGAUGGCUAUGGCAACCUCAACAACUUCAUCACCAUCAGACCCGACGUGGACCCACAGACAAAGGAGAAGCCAAUCCAGCGAGCGAUUUGCACGAUGAUUCGGGACGCAGAGAAUGGGCUGCCGGUGAUGAACCCAGUGGCUAGUGAAGAGAUCAUGAGGCUCCGACUGCAGACGCCCCAUGUACUGCGGCCACAACGGUCUCCUCGACAUCAUGAAGAGACUCAAGCGGACUUGACGCCGAGACUGACGCCGCUGACAGCUCCUCGGAAACCUCAAGAGACGGAAGACUCUGAGUACGGUAUUGAAGUGAGUGGACGCCGCACGAGCAACGGUAGCUUACUCGGUAGUAGCGGCAUAGCCCGGCCUCGAGCUGGCACGUUGACGAGAUCCAAGAGCGAGGAAUUACUGAGUCACGCCUUGGCAAGCAGUACCUUGGCUGUUGGAGAUGUGGCAGGCGCUGCUACGCCCAAGUAUACAAACUACAUGGACGACGCCAUCACCAACUUGGUGCUGCUGGCGGCGACGACGCAGCACUUUGGCGGCGAUCUCGUGACGCAUGAACAUAACACCCGUGCCCAAUUGGGCGGACAUCGCUCUGUGCUGGUGAGUGGACCUCAUACUGCAAAGCAGACGGCUGCGCCACCGCAGCAAAGCAGGGGGAAACUGAUUAUUUUCCUCGUGGGUUUGCCUGGCCGAGGCAAGACCCAUAUUGGACAUAUCCUGGCGCGCCACUUGACGUGGAUGGGACAUCAAUCACGCACGUUUAACACUGGAGAGUACCGUCGAAAGCUUGUUGGAUCGAACGUGGAUCACGCAUUUUGGGACCCUUGUAACGAGGAAUCGUUCCGGAUCCGUUCGGACCUGUCGAGGAAAUGUCUUGACGACUCAAUUGCUGCGCUGGAGAGCAACGACUGCGACUGUGUCAUCUUUGAUGCUACAAACGUGACGCGCGAGCGCCGUCAGAUGCUGCUGGAUGAGGUGCACCAGCGGUACAAGUGCGAGAUGAUGUUUAUCGAGUCUGUGUGCGACGAUCCGGAUCUGAUUGCGUCUUCGAUCAAUGAGAUGAAGCUGAACUCGGCCGAUUACGCUGGGAAGACGAUGGAGGAGGCUGCUGAAGACUACAAUAACCGCAUCAAUCAUUACCAGUCGCUGUAUGAGCCGCUUGCAGCAGACCACGAGGGUGCACCGUUCAUCAAGAUCAUCGACGUAGGUCGACAGAUUUUCUGCAACCAAGUGUAUGGCUACUUGCAGUCGCGAAUCAUGUUCCUGAUGGCCAAUUUGAACUUGAAGCCAAGACCGAUCUGGCUGAGUCGUCACGGCGAGAGCAUGUACAAUGUACAAAAGCGUAUCGGCGGCGAUGCACCUCUCAGUCCACUCGGCGUGCAGUAUGCUGAACAACUUGACCGGUUUACUGACGCAUACUACCCGACGCCUGACACAGAACUCGCAGUUUGGACGUCAACGAUGCUGCGCACCGGCAUGACGGUGGAACGCAUUGCAGCCCGUGGCCGAUCGAUUGUGAAGUGGAAACAGCUUGAUGAGAUCGACGCUGGUAUCUGCGAUGGUAUGACGUACGAGCAGGUGGCCGAGGAGAUGCCGGAGGAAUACCUGGCGCGCAAGAACAACAAGCUGCACUACCGCUACCCGCGUGGCGAGUCGUACCAGGACGUGAUUCACCGCCUCGAGCCGGUGAUUACGGAGCUGAUGCGAAUGGACCAGCCCGUGCUGAUCGUGGCGCAUCAGGCUAUCCUGCGAGUUUUGUACGCGUACCUUACAAACAGGUCGCCGCAUGAGUGUCCUACGCUCAACAUCCCGCUGCACGUAGUCAUCCAGAUCACACCGAAGGCUUACAAGUGUGAGGAAGUGUGGCACCGCCCCAUGUAG